AUGGCAUUACUUUGCUAUUUUCCGAUGAAACACGGUAAAACUACAACAACCGCGACUACAGUAGUGCUUAUUUUUCAGAAGAAAAAAAUGUGGCAGUUUUUUAAGUUAGACAUUCGACAGUUUUAUCAUUUUUUCUUUCUGAAGCACUUUUCUUUUGUUUGUCUUUGUUCUGCUGCACAGCUUGUACGGAAAUUGUACGUCGUGUGCCAGCUCCUUGAAGAUGUAAACACGGAGAAAUUUUCGCAGUCGCGUAGCGACCUGCAGCACACAGCACGAUAUCAUGGAGAAGAGGUUUUUUCCGAGACAUCGAAAGGGAGCAUCGCGCAGUCUAUCUUUAUUACAAUUUUUUUACCUUCUCCUGAUCCGACACCGAAUACGAAUAUGUUUUAUUUACGGCAGAGCUGAGUUUAGCGAGCCACGGUUUGUUUUUCAGUCCAAAAUGUACACGAGUCAAUCUCAAUACCGCUUUCCUUUCAUUCUUUUCACCAAUAGUCAAUGAUCUUCAAAAAUCACGUAGCUUUUCCUUUUUGAGUUUGCUUUGAAACGGCAAUUAUAGCGACGAAAUUUCGAAGAACCAGUGUGCAGGUAGAAAAAUACUAAGGCACUGGUCUCCGUUCUGCCUAUUUUUUUUUCUGAAAGAUAGGAGGAGCGAGUUCCAAGUUGCGUCUUGAUUAUUGAUUUCGGCUACGACACCUCAGGAUCUUCAAUAGGGGUCUGAACCACCGGCACGAGUGCUUGCGAUUUAUACAUAGUACCUAGCAGACACAACUUGUGCGCCGGAUAGGUAGGGAAAAUGGCUUACCACCACUUUCCCAGAAACAUUUUUCGAGUUUCGUCUGCUAUAUGUAAAACCGAUGACCUUUCACUUUUAUUUCACAGAAAGAGAGAUACACGGCAAAAGUGUCGAGCGACAAACAAGUAGAUGUAAAUGAUUGCGACCAUAAACAUAAUGACAUGCGACGGUUUUGAUUCACGUAUUUUCUGUAUGCUAUUCCAAAAACUUUUUUCUUGGCCUGUCGAGCAAAGGUGAGAAAAGUAGUUUUUUACUUCCUUGAGUGCUCAGAGGCUUGUACAGUCCGAUGAUUUUUAUCUUUUUUCGAUUUUACGAUAUCAAGUGUUGAUACUAUUCACCGAGCACUUUAUUUUUAUCUCUCAGCCUCAGUGUGAGAGCAGAGAUGUAGAUAUUGAAUAUGCUCGACAAGGAGGAAAGAGAAAAAAAGCAUAGGAUUGUUCUAUAUGAUGUACUACUACCGCGACUUUUCUUGCCGUCGCGUCGCGCCGACGUUCUGUACAGUGCUUGUUGGUGUGGGAGCUGUCGCUUGUUUGUGAACUCCACAGACGCGACGUUUCCUCAAGAAGAGUUGAGGAGUACAGCUGCUGUACUUCAACCUCUCUUAAGAAAAGUCUGCAAUGAAGUACUUACCCCGUACAGAGCAGUAUCGACGCGCCGCGAUUGGUGCUAGAAGGACGAUUCUUUCACGCUGCUGGACGUAAACAUCACAAGAUAGAAUAGUGCAACGGCAGGCGAUAAAGAACAAACAAGUGCAUGACUAGGCGAGAAUGUGGUCAUGAUAGAGGAUAGAAAUUGGCGACGAGCAGCCACAUGUUUGUGGCCUCGGCCUCCUCUUGCGAACAGGCGACGGAUUUUUAGGCUACGAAUUUUUUUUUCCGCGAUGUCCACGAACGAUUAUUUUGUUUCAUCAGUGGUACAGACAGCAAAAGCGUUAGUGGAGGAAAGAGCAG